AUGGCGUUCUUAGGUCUUCCCAAGAAGAAACCGCAGCAUCAUGGAACGAGUAAAGGCCCAAAGUCCUAUCUCUAUUAUGCCCAGCGGCGGAAACUGCAUGUUGCAAAUGGCCCAACACUCCCCCGGUACGCUCCGAGAACGAACCUGAGCGCAGCUUCUGUGCGCGGCAAAUGGCAUAGAUUUUGCGCCGAGUCUCGCCAGGACCCGGAUAUCCUGCUAGAGAACCUGACAUCAGCUGACGUCAAAUCUUGGUUCGACUGGGUCCAUGACAAUUUCCGCGGUUCAAUCAAGGCUCAUGGGACACUCUCCAAUUAUUGGAGGACUCUCAAGAGGCUGUAUUUUAUGAAAAAUCGGAAAAAUAUGCGUUCGUCAAUGGUCAAAGACUGUAUUAAUUACAUGAAUGAAGUUAGCAUGCGAAUGGGCCUACGCAGACUCCCUUUGCCCAAAGAGACGGAAAACUCACUUGAUCUGCUCUGUUACCAGACCGCGCACCUUGUUCAUUGUAAAGCAGUUUUCCCUGAUGAGAAGCAGAGGCUCUAUCACAUGGCUAGCCUCAACUUGUCGAGCAUUACUGCCUGUCGAGUGGUUUCGUUAUUUGAUACAAGAUGUCAGGUCAACCUACAUCCGGAUGGCAGCCCGGUCAUUCCCGGUACAAUUGAGGCAGGCGACAAUGGAGCGCUAAAUUCUCCAACUUGUGGUCAAGGUGGUGAGGCUCACUGCGACUCUGGCUACGAGUCAAGCCGCAGUGGUCGCCUUAACAUCGAGGAAGAUGAUAUGCGCGACGAGAUAUCCAGCGACGGUUCUUCCGAUGACACAAUGAGCGAUAUGGGCUACAUGUCAGACUGUUCUAGUGUUAUUACAGAUGAUGGAUACCUUGCUGGUGACGAUGACACAGGCACCAUUCUCUGGAGACAUGUUGAGUUCUGCAUUGUCCGGAACCCUGUACCCGGGCGCCCAAAUAUCCUCGUUGCCAUUCUUCUGUCACUAGCUUUACACGACGGUAUUUUUGCAGCCGACAUUCAGGACAUUGAGGACAUCUAUACCAAGCAAAUCCCAUCACAUCGAAGGGGCAUGCAGUUGAAAAUCAGGAGGGAGUGGUUGGACAUUCCAAUCUUUCGUGAGCCGGAGCGGACCGCAGAGGGUUACCGGACAUCGAGCUCCAUACCCUUGAAGGCCGCUACUUCGGGCAGAUAUCUGAAACGGACUGGAGAACAAUCUGGCCAGGAGAGAAACCUGACCCAAAAAGUCCUCCGACGUGGCGGUAUCAACGCCAUUAACAAUCGGGCGCCGGCCUCGGUUCGAGAUCAAGUUGCUGACCAUGAGUCCAAUGCCGUCAAAUAUUAUCUUAAUGAGAUGGUGGACUUUGACACAGCUGCUGCGUUUCAUCGGCGGGCCUCAAAUGAAACUGUGCAAAGAGAGUUACGAUCGGCCACUCUCCUAGCGGACAACACCGCGCCCCUGGGUCUGACAGAUGAGCAAAAGCGCAAAAUUAACCGAAACCCUGAGGUCAGGCGUCUGCGUAAUCGCUGCAGAAGACUUACAGAAGAGAUUCGCAAGCGGGGUUAUCGAAGAGUGAGCGACGCGGCGGGAACCGAACUCGGCAAGCAGAAGCGACAAGCGGAUGUAGAGCUGGCUAGGAAGCUGACUGAACUCCGACAAAAAGCAAAGAGUAAGAAUCGAAAGAGACAUUUUCGAUACAAGGAUACAGAGCUUUUUAACCAGCGCGAUGAAGACGGGCCUCAACCCCAGGAAAGUGAUUCUCAGCCUCAUUUUCCGCAUCACUAUCAGAUCCCAGAGCGAGCUGAGUUGGUGCAGUUGCUCUUCUACUCCCCUGUGCCAACUACGGAAGAGGAACUUUACGAUCGCCGAUUGAGGUAUAUCCGUCUCCUGGUCCAAUGGCAGUAUCGCCAAGAGGCGCCCCGUCGAGGGAAGCAGGCGGAAGCAACUGUAGCGCAACCCCAGCCGACCCCAGCGUCUCCAUCCCUCGCCAUCAUUCCCGAGAGAUAUGACCCCUUGCAAUGCCCAUUUUGCUUGGCCAACCCGGGUCUACCUCUCAGUACCCGUGAAAAACGGAAGAGCAAAAUCAACAAACUUUGGGAUCAUGUGGAAAACCUGCACCGAGCAGAGCUUGCUGCAUUUGGCACUGGUACUAAACGGUGUGGAUUAUGUGGCAUGAGGAGCAUCAAUUACCUCCCGUCGAGCGUCCCGGGAUUCAAGAAUCAUACUGAAAAAGUCCACGGAAUCCGGCUUCGAGCGUGA